AUGCCAGUGGGGAAGGCAAAGCAGACCCGGUUCAAAGGAAAUGGCACCGAAGUUACCUGUGGCGUUUGUCACUUGAAGUAUAUCCAUCCGAUUGAGGCCAAAAUUCACACUGAGUACCACACUACGUUCACCAAAGGACCCAAGUGGCAGGGGACCAAUCGCGUUGGUACCGAGCGAUUUAAACGAUACAGUGAUGUGGAAUUGUAUACAGUGGAUGCUGAAGACACUAAACAAAUCGCCGCUACGGCGAAAGUACUUGAAUUGGUGGACAGAGAGCUCGGAGCCGCUGAUAGCCCCACGCAUUGGCGCCAAGGAGCACUCACAAUUGUUGCUACUCAGAUGGGCCGAGCCGUGGGAAUCGUGGUUACUGAGCCAGUUUCAGAGGAUCAGGGCCGGUGGAUGAUGUCAACUAGUCGUCAGGUGGUACCUAAUCAAGUGAACCGCCUCGUGAAAGUUGGCAUCGCCAGAGUUUGGGUAUGUGGUGCUUGGCGACGACGAGGGUUGGGAAUCAGGCUUUUGAGAGCUGUCCAAGCGUAUCUCAAGCUAUCACCCCAACAGAUCGCAUUCAGCCAGCCUAGCAAUGCAGGUGGCAAACUCGCACAAACCUUUUGUGGCGUGACUCAUAAGCUGGGUCAAGUACUCAUUCCCGUCUACGUUGACGCUGAGAUGACUCAAACUCCGCUGAGUUGA